AUGCUAUCAGAGAAGAUUUUUUUAAAGAAAAAGAAACUGGAACUAUUUAACCAACAGAAUAUUUUCGUUAAAAGGCACGACGAGCUUGAAUCCAUGGUCAAAACAUCUUACGAGAUUUCUUUGCUCUUACCGAAAAAGAAGAAAUCGUUUUCCGAUGGAGAGAUUGUUAAAGAGGCUUUGACGAUCUGUGCACAAAAUUGUGAUGAUAAACACGUCAAAGCUAAAGCGGACAGUAUUUCACUCUCACGGCACACUGUCACGAGACGGGUGGCGUUAGAUGAAACUUGCGAUUUAACGAGUAGAUCUCAGUUGGCUAUUUUUGUGCGGUGUGUUGACGAAAAUUGGAAUGUAUUGCAAGAUUUACUAGAAGUCUGUCAGCUAGAAAGUACAACCCAAGGAAAAGACAUAUUUUUGAAAAUUAAGGAAUGCAUUGAAAAAAAGAGUUUAUCGUGGGACAAAUUCAUAUCUGUUUGCACUGAUGGUGCACCAGCAAUGAUAGGAAAAAACAAUGGCUGUGUGGCUUUGUUACAGAAUUUCUUAUUUUGA